AGCGCGUCUCUUUUCCCCCAGGUUUUAAUAGCACCUCCUCCGUCUCUUAGUGUACAGUGGAACCAUUUUUUUUGGGUACAGCAUGACAUAUUUCUCAGGAUUUGUGAGUUGAUAGCGCACUCUUUUCAAGUCUUUUAAUGCUUCCUUUCCAAAGCUGAAGCAUCUUCCUGAGUUUUAAGUUCACAACUGGACUGAGGUCUUCCUGCAAACUGACAAUUGCUCUCCCAGUAGCGCCCAAUGGCUGCCAUAGACCCUUACAUCAUUGUGGAGCAGCAGUUUUCUCACAGAUUCAGAGUGACGGUAUUGCGUGCUGAGAGUGUCACCAAGGGAGCGCUGGGUGACCUGUUAGACACCCCGGAUCCAUAUGUGGAGCUGUUCAUCCCUACUGCCCCUGAAAGUAGGAAGAGGACUCGGCAUAUAGAUAAUGACAUCAACCCACAAUGGAACGAGACCUUUCAUUUUAUACUGGACCCCAACCAGGAGAAUACCCUGGAGUUAACUUUAAUGGACGCCAACUAUGUGAUGGACGAGACCCUUGGGACGGCGUCGUACGACAUCUCCAAGCUCAAAGUAGGCCAGAUGGAGACUGUGCCUUUCCUCAUCGGCAAAGUGCCGGUGAUAGCUAUAGUGGGUUCAGGGGGAGGUUUUCGAGCCAUGGUUGGCUUUUCAGGAGUGAUGAAGGCCCUGUAUGAGUCUGGAGUCCUGGAUUGUGCCACCUACGUUGCUGGGCUGUCUGGAUCCACAUGGUACAUGUCUACUCUCUAUUCCCAUCCAGAGUUUCCCUCUAAAGGCCCUAAGGAAAUCAAUAAGGAGCUGAUGAAGAGUGUUAGCAGUAACCCACUAAGGCUGCUGCUGCCCCAGCACAUCACCAACUACAUCCAGGCCCUCUGGACAAAGAAGGCAGCAGGGCAGCCGGUUACCUUCACUGAUAUCUUUGGCAUGCUAAUUGGAGAGACACUUAUACCGGGUAGAAUGGACACCAAGCUGACUGAAUUUCAGGAGAAGGUGAAUGAGGCCCAGUGUCCCCUCCCUCUCUUCACCUGUCUCCAUGUCAAGCCUGAUGUGUCCGAGCUCAUGUUUGCGGAUUGGGUGGAAUUCAGCCCGUAUGAAAUUGGGAUGGCCAAGUAUGGCACCUUCAUGACCCCAGACUUGUUUGGAAGCAAGUUCUUCAUGGGAACCGUUGUAAAGAAAUAUGAAGAAAACCCUCUGCAUUUUCUAAUGGGUGUUUGGGGCAGUGCCUUCUCUAUCCUUUUCAACAGAGUGCUUGGAGUCAAAGACACAUCUGAUGGUUCCACCAUGGAGGAGGAGCUCGAACAGAUUAAACCACAGCACAUUGUUGGAGAAGACAGUCUGGACAAUGAUGACGAGCCGCGUGGCAGAGAGAACCCGGAGGCGGAGGACGAAUACUACCGCCAUGCUCAGGCCAGCUGGGUUCAGCGAAUGUUCACCUCCCUCUUCAGUGACUCCGCCUUGUUUAACACGCGAGAGGGCCGGGCGGGGAAGGUGCAUAAUUUCAUGUUGGGUUUGAACCUGAACUCCAACACGCCCUUCUCUCCUUUCGGGGACCUAAAGUGCCAGGUAGCAGAAGACGAGGUGGAUGCCGUUACAGACCCAGAGGAGUUCGAUCGCAUCUACGAGCCCCUAGAUGUGAAGAGUAAGAAGAUCCACGUGGUGGACAGUGGUCUGACCUAUAAUCUUCCAUACCCCCUCAUCCUGCGGCCGCAGCGUGGUGUCGACCUCAUCAUCUCAUUUGACUUUUCUGCACGACCCAGUGACUCCAGUCCUCCCUUCAAGGAGCUUCUCCUGGCAGAGAAGUGGGCACGGAUGAACAAGCUUCCCUUCCCCAAGAUAGACCCCAGGGUCUUCGACCGCGAGGGCCUGAAAGAGUGCUACGUCUUCAAACCAAAAAAGGGGGAAAGGAAUUGCCCCACGGUCAUCCACUUUGUUCUCGUCAACAUCAACUUCAGAAAAUUCAAAGCACCGGGAGUCCCCAGGGAGACGGAGAAAGAGAAGGAGUCGGCAGACUUUGACAUAUUUGACGACCCCGAGACGCCAUACUCCACCUUUAACUUCCAGUAUUCGAACCAGGCUUACACACAGCUGCAUGACCUAAUGGAGUUCAACACGCUCAACAACCUGGAGGUGAUCAAAGAUGCCAUCAAGGAGAGCAUCGUGUACAGGAAGGAGACUCCUUCCCGCUGCUCCGUGUCGCUCUCCCUCGGUGAGAUCAACAACAAGAAGUUCCUCAAGAGGGAGGCACGGGCAAAAAAUCGGAAGUGAUGGCGGCAAAUUUUCGAGACUGAUUAAAACAGAAGAAUUUGGUUAGGCGAAGCUGAGUGAUUUUCUUAGAUUUUCUUUUUGGAAAAUGUUAUCACUUUUUUAAUGUGAAACAGGAGCAGCAGGUCUGAUACAAAGAACCAGCUGAGCGUUUUUGCAAAAAAAAAAUCCUAAACUUGAUAAGGAAUUUUAAAUCUCUCACAGGUUAAUUUUCCACCUGUUGUUUUUUUUUAAAUUAUUAUUAUUCGAUCCCCCCGCUGGAUUGCUUGUCCAAACACGUAAUCUUGCUUGAGAACAUGGAAGUGAAGCUCCUUAACCAUGGAUUUGGAUUUGUGUGAUGGCAACUCUUAAACACGCCAAGCGCACCCCUUCUGGAUACCUCAAACAUCUCGGUGAUGUUUACCCAGCUCUACAGGGAGCACACCCUGUUCCCCUGCCUGCGGGGCGUGUCUCACGUGGAAGCCACCAUUUUGAAAAACAAAACAAGACUGGAUACCAUGGAAACGGCCCCGCUCAUUCAUGCUCUCUCGGUGCCACGGUGUGGUUCGUUACUCUCCGUCGGGCUCAAAGUGUGUUUGUUUUCCUGACCGUGUUAUUUCAGGCUUCCUCUUAGACGCCCGUUGUUUUUGUCAAGUCAUUUCCCCCCCGUCCAUUAGCCAGCUACUGUAGAUGCCCUCCCUUCCACAUCUACUUGACCCCCUUUCUCUCUCUUUCACGGGCCAGUUU